CAUGAUGCAUUGCAGAAUUAGAAUACCUGUUUCUAAACUUUCAAGGGUAGAUGGCCUAAAUCUUGCUUUCUGAUCUAUGGCCAUGUGCUCUGAAUAUUUUAUCUCAAUAUUCUGACAGCUAAAUAAUCAUGGCUUCUUUGCCGAAUACGUCAGUAAAUGAUGCAGCAGCUAAAUUUACGAUGAUCACAAAAAAGUUACUUAACGCGACUGAUGAUAGGGUUUGUGAUAAGAAAACGAUACAGACUUAUCUGAGUGAAUUAAAUGGAAUCGACUACAGGACUCCAAUCGUAUCUGAUAGUGAUGCUGCUAUGCUUCUGGUUAAUCAGCUGUGCACCCUCAUACAACCCUUAGAAACUUUACUGGUUAAAAGUAACUGUCAGGUUCUUGUUAACCUGGUUAAAGGUGGUGUCAGAUUACAAGGCCGCACAUAUUCAGUGUGCAAAAGAUGGCUAUCGGAAGCUUUAGAAUUUUCUGAACAAGAUGCUCACAAGGAUAUCCUUCUUGCUUUAGAGAAUCUUCUCAGUACUGGACCAUUUGAUACCAUAAACCAAGAUCUGCGAAAUUUAUUAGGCGAUAAGGGUCUUUUGCGAAAGCAUUUAAACUUUGAAGGUGGCAAAUGUUGCGAAACAAAUUGCCUUGCAAUAUAUUGCAUUGAGGCUCUUCUACUGAAUAAGGAAACUAGUAGUGCUAGUAUUCCACAUGAAUUUAUGCUCAUAAUAAAAGACAUUGCUCUAAAUGUCAUUUCAACACUGUCUUAUGAGAAUCAAGACAAGCAAUUUUACAAUAGGAUCGUAAGUUCUUGUCUAAGAAUUCUUCGAGUCGUCAUAUCGGAUAGCACAGUAUCCAACGGUCCAGACGUGAUAGGCGAAGUCUUAGGAGUAAUACAGUCCUUUUUAUUCCAUGGCAUAAAAGGCUAUUUACCUAUGCAACCACGAAUACUUCGACCAGCGGCAAUGAACCUUCCUGAACCAGUGCACGCUAUACCACGAGAGCGAAAUUUCGGUACUCAUAAAACAAAAUCCCGAAGACCGCAAUCAAAAAAGAGCAAUAAUAAUAUAGAAAAGUCAAAUAGCGCUUUCGCUGACUGCAAAGCAAUGAGGCAAUCAAGCGAUUCGGAUACCUCGGAUACUGAAACCUUCAAUGCCGCUCAGGUAGAGGCAAAAGUUCGUGCAGAAACUGUGCACUUGCUGUAUACAAUAGUGCAAAAUACACCGAGUCGCGAAAUGUUUGGUUACUGGUCCCAAAUAGUAGCCAAUGGUUCGAGAAACGAUGCACGCGUCCUGUCAAAAUGUAUAUUAAGAGAACCAGUUUCGAAAAUUCGACAAAAAGCACUCAGUACCAUCAUAGAACUUUUACUAGGUGCGCGACUCUUUCUCGUUCACGCAGAAGAUGUCGAACAUUCCUCUUUCAUUACUUUCUUUGGUACUGUUGGUGCAAUGAUUCGUGAUUUGCAUUUCGCUAUCUCGUUGCUCUUGAGCACCGAAAAAAACGUGGCUGUUCUAACACAAGCUCUAAAAUGUGCUGCCGCACUGGCACAAUGUACACCCUACGCAAGACUUAAGACUGGACUGGCUACUAAACUCACAAGAAAUUGUAGACCGCAGAUACUUCAUAAAGAUCCCACUGUGAGGGUUCAAGCUUUGUCAGUUUUCGAAGCAUUGUCAUCAUCAGACCCUAUCACUCCUGAAAUAUUAUCUAUUCUUGCCAAACAAACUAGGACUGGUACAGACAGUGAAUUUCCUUGUACAAAUAUCAGUGCAACUAGUGACAUUGACACAGAGGAGGAAGUAGAAUUUGAAGUUAUAAAUUAUGAAGACAGUGAAGCAGAAUACAACUGUUCCGAUGUGAAUCUUCAGGACAGAAAAAUCAGUUCUCUGCUUAAUAUUUGUCUCAAGAAUGUUUCAAACGAGACAGCAAAUAUUCCUGUGCGGCUUCAGUCUUUGAAGCUUAUCGGUGUUCUGGCAUUUAAUGUUCGAAAUAUUGUAUUUAGCCACUUGGGAGUCGUUGCCACGGCGUUAGUCAGAUCGACCCGCGAUGCUGAUACACAGAUAUCCUUGCAAGCUUGCAAAGUUAUUGAAACCAUUGCUGGUUGUCUAGGAAAUUCGCAGAUAGACAAUGAUACUAAUCUAGUUCCUUUCUGGAAUAUUGUCUUCGAGCCUGUCAUUUCCUUGAUUCAGCAUGAGCAAACCUCUUUGAGAGAAGUUGCUUGCGAUUGUCUAGGAAAUAUAGGUUCAAAAAUGUUUGCAGAAUUAUCGAGACAACAGAGUAUAUUAGUGAUCACUAUACUAUUCGGUACGGUUCGCGACGAAGAGAGUGCAGUAAGGGCAGCUGCUCUACGAGCACUGGGCAUGCUCGUAACUCUACCAACCCUUGAAGACGACACUGGAUUUCUUAUGGAUUUGGCGGAUAUCGUUUGCACUGGUUUAGAUGACAAAAAUCUUGGAGUCCGUGUUAAAGCUGCAUGGACGCUUGCGAAUUUAUGUGACUGCUUAGUUAGGCAAGAAGAUAAUAAGGAGGUAGAGCAAAUACCUGCGGAGACUGUUUUGCCUAAACUGUACCAGGCCAGUGUAAAGGCGGCUAAGGAUAGCGAUAAGGUCAAGUGUAAUGCAGUGAGAGCAUUGGGAUGCAUAUUGCAUUUGUGUCCAGAUUCACAGAUUUUACAAGAUACCACGUCAGGAUUAGAUGCCCUUAUCAGUUGUGCUACAUUAGGGAAUGAUAUGAAGGUACGGUGGAAUGCUUGUCGCGCCUUGGGAUUUGUUCUUAGUGAAAAUCCUGAUCGGAUUCUACCCCAAUCCUGGAGGGAUCAGGUAUUUCCAGCGUUGUGCAAUCUUAUUUGCCAUAGUCCAAAUUUCAAAGUGCGAACUAACGCCGCGUGGGCACUUUCCGUAUGUGACACUUAUGAAAAGCAUACAUUUACAGUUUGGAAGAGUAUUAUUUUAGCCUUUGAAAAUUCGCAACAUGUGCCUAGAUACGUUGAGUAUCCUCAUCAGGAUGCACUUGUGCAGCAACUGUGCCUUACGUUUGCUCAUUUAAUUCUACGCACCGAUAUGUCUGAAAUUUCUAAUAUUUGGACAGAAGUUGGUGACCACAUAGAAGAUAUCGCAAUUUACAUGAAACCGUUCCAGGAACGGAUUCUGCCUGAAAAAUCAGGAGAUUUGAUGAAAGCAAAAAUGCAACUAAGGAAGUACGCGCAAAGCGCAUUGAACUCUGUGGAGCGACAAACAGCAAGUUCAUUGGCAGAAUUAUUCGAAAGGUCGGAUCAAUAUGAUAAUUUAAGUGCGACGUCGCACUUGUGUUAAUGAGCACCACUUUGAAAAGUCAAUGAAUUGCCAUAUUUUCAAUUUUUAUAUUUUUUUUAAGAAACAAGGUGCUAGUUAACUUUGAAUAGAAUAAAUGAAAUAGGAAUUGUUAUAAUAAUUUUACUCACGUUUAUCAUAUAAAUAUGUUUCUUCACUAAAUUCACAAUGUAUAGCAAUCUUGAGUACUCGUACAUGUCAAUGUAGCGUUGAUGCUUUUUAAAUGUAUAGUAAUUGUAAUUAUAUGAAAAGAUUUUAUAUGCUA